GCCCAUUGAACUAGGAGAAGUUUUUGUCUGAAGUUCAUUUGAAGACAUUUUCUUUCGCAUCUUCUGCUUUGCAUGAACAAUAGGAUGAGAUUUUACCACAGAAUAACUUUGGCACUGGCAAUGAUAUGCCUUUUUGGGGACAGUGGACAAGGAGCCCCAACCAAAGGCAGGUAUAUGUGGUUGAAAUGCAACCCGGAUGAUAAGAAUGCAAACUGUGUCGCACAGAAGGGCCCUUGGGUGCCCCUGUCAGGGCAAAGCACUCGACUUCCACCUUCUGCUGCAAAACACAUAUUCCCAGUAGAGGAAGCCACUCCUGAGAUUGAGGAGCAGUCAGGAGAGGGUUCAGGUAACUCAGACACCUUGGCCCCUUUUCUCAACAUGGAUCAGCAGUUGAUGGGAGACGGUCCAGAGCAGGAACUCAACAAGAAUGAAGUGGAAGCAUCGACUUGGAUGGAGUCCAGUGGAGACAUUGAUUACGCCGAGUAUGUCUCACCUCAGAAAAUAGAUUGGCUUUCUUCACAGGAUUUGAAAGAGGACAACAUUAUUGUGUAAAGUGCUGGAUAACAUGUCAUGUGCUUUUUCGGUUUUCUUUUGUACAAUGUGAAACAUAUGGGAUGCUGCUUUUUUUGGUCACAGAUGUAAUUAGUAUAUAUUCAUAAACUGUGACAUGCUCUGGCAAAGUUAAUUAUAUCCAAGUUUGCAUUGUAAGGAUCUAUUUUAUUUGCUCUUCAUUUUUUAAACGUAUUAUUUUAUUUACUCUUAAUGUCCAUAGUGUGACCCAUGAUCUGACUUAACUAUUAAAACAAUCAUUUGAAUUAAUUUGGAAUGGAAAUAUUAUUGAAUGCAACAGAGACUAUUUAAAUAAAGUGUUUGGGUAGCAAGGAGUACAUUUUGUAAACAUUUAAAUGUCUUUUUUUUGCCACUAUUUUAUAAUAGUUCAAAUUUCAAAAAACAACUUAAAUAAAAAAUUAUACAAAAAACAACUUAA